CGGCACCUCCCCAGAGCCCCGGGAGAAGCCGGUGUCCCUCCCGGCUUCCUGCGACUCGGUCUGGGUAUUCCCUGCCUCCUUUCCCGGGCGCUGCCUUCUUCCCUGCCUGGGCACUGCCUGCAUCCCUCCCCGGGCAUCCCCUGCAUCCCCGCCUGGGCAGAACCUCCUUCCCUCCCCGGGCACUGCCUGCAUCACUCCCGGGCAUCUCUGCCUGCAUCCCUGCCUGAACAUUGCCUGCCUCCCUCUCCAGGCACUGCCUGCCUCUCCACCCGGGCAUUCCCUGCAUCCCCCCCCGGGCACUGCCUCCAUUCCCGUUCCCCCCCUCCCCGGGCUCUGCCUACCUCCCCCUGCCUCUCCCCGCUCCUCCAGCCCCCUCCCCGUGCCCCGGCCGGGCUUUGCGACCCAGCGACGGCCGCGGUCCCCGCCCGGUGCCCCCCUCGGUAACACCGAGCCGGGCGGGGGCCGGGCCGGGCCGGACCGGGGCUCUGCAGCGGGGCCGCCCGCCCCGCACCGGGCUCGCCGCAUGGCUCCGCCGCCCGCCGGGGCACCGCCGGCCCGGGCCGCCGCUGCAAGUGACGGGCUGUCCCGGAGGGGAAAUGCAUCCUGAAUGGGGCUGAGGCCCCCUGCGCGGGAAUAUGCAGCCUCGGCACCGCAGGGGCAGCACCAGGGCAGCGGCCGGCGCGCGGCGGCAUGGUGGCAACGUUCAAGAUCGCCGUGCUGGGAGCCCAGGGCGUGGGCAAGAGUGCCAUAGUCCGGCAGUUCCUCUACAACGAGUUCAGCGAGGUCUGCGUGCCCACCACGGCCCGCCGCGUCUACCUGCCCGCCGUCGUCAUGAACGGCCACGUCCACGACCUGCAGAUCAUGGACUUCCCCCCCAUCACCGCCUUCCCCGUCAACACCCUGCAGCUUCGAGUACAUCAAAACCAUCCGCCAGCAGAUCCUGGAAACGAGGGUCAUCGGCACUUCGGAGACACCCAUCAUCAUCGUGGGCAACAAGCGGGACCUGCAGCGGGGCCGGGUGAUCCCGCGCUGGAACGUCUCCAACCUGGUGAAGAAGACGUGGAAGUGCGGCUACAUCGAGUGCUCGGCCAAGUACAACUGGCACAUCCUGCUGCUCUUCAGCGAGCUCCUGAAGAGCGUGGGCUGCGCCCGCUGCAAGCACGUCCACACCACCAUCCGAUUCCAGGGUGCCCUGCGCAGGAACCGAUGCACCAUCAUGUGAGCCCCCCUCGUCCCGACGGACCCCCCUCGCCCCGGGCCGUGUCCCCGCGGUCGCCCGUCCUCAGGGACCACGGCUCCCCGGCGAGCGCUGGCAUCACCGUUCUCUGGGGGGGGUGAUGCCGCGGUGGGAGCUGUGCCGGAGGCACCUUGAGGUUUGCUUCCCCACCGGCGCUGGCACCCCACGGUGACAUUUGGGGGACGGUGCGCCUUGGGCGGUGCUGGGCAGGGUGAUGCGGUGGCCACUGGCGGGUCGGAGCGGAUGAGCAGCAUGGUUCCUGGAGGUAGCAAGGGGUGAGGGAGGACUUUGGCUAAACCCCCCAAGCCCUCCCUGAGCCUCCAGCGCUCGGGGCCAAAACCGUCCUGGGGGUUUAGUGUCUCUGCCGUGCCUGAAACGCCGCCGUGGCACCAGGGAGGAGUGGAGGAGAUGCCUCAGCUGGUGCCCAGAGGUUGGCUGUCGGGUCCGUCCCUGCCGGCUCCUGCCCCGGCAUCGCAGGGGCAACGCUUGCCGCUGCCUGCCAUCACCUGCCCCCCUGGAAGGAAAUUGCCUAGCGCCUGUGUCCCGAUGCGCCGGGGGUGGCUCCAUCCCUGGGGCAUGGUGGAGAUGGAAGUCCCGGUUUCCUCCCUGCGGAGCUGAGGUUUCUCCCCUCGGAGGGCAGAGCAGCCUCCGGCAAGAGGCCAGGUUACACGGGCUCUUUUUUGGCUCGGUUGGGUCAGAUUUCCAGGUGGAAUUUCUGGAUGAAAGCAAGAAAGGGGAAAACAAAAAAAAAUAAAGCCCCCAUUCUGCCCCUUACAUCCCCUGGGGUGCCGGGCGCUGCUUUCCCAGGGCUUUGAGUCCCCUUUCUGCCCCGGUUCAGCCAAGGAAGGCUUCUCCUCCCCCACCAGCCUGUUGAACACCAAAUAAUCUCAAAACACUCCUUGCCAGGCAGGUCACCCCUCCGCUACCUCGCAUCCCGGGCUCAGCGGGCGACCGGCUUUGCACGGCUCUGACCCAAACCCCCGGCAUCUCCCGGGCAGGCAGGCAGCCCCCCCCCCCAUGCCAUCGCACCCCACCGGUGGUGCCAUGAGACGGGUCCAACCCGCGCCGGGCUUUCCCACAGCGACGCUUGCCUCCGUCCACGUGAGAUGGCAGUGGUGCGAAGGCAGCCUCCAAAGCAAUAGGGAGCUGGAGUUGCAAUUCCACUUGCAUUCCUUUUUUUUUUUUUUCUCUGCAUAGCCCUAAUAGGAAAGUGAGCCCCCCAUAUUUUUUUUUAUUAUUAUUAUUUUUUAAUCUUUCAGCUUGUUUUUACACCAGACUUGCAGCUCACCUGCGUCUUGUCCUGCAGGGUGGGUGGCAAAGGGCAGUCCCUGUUAGUAAAUGGUGUUGGGGCGGUGUGCCGGCGAGGGGUGAGCAAGAGGCCGAGGGGGUUGUGGUUCCUCCUUCUUGGCUGCUCCCUGUAGGACACAGGGAAAUGCCAUCCAAAGCAGGAUCUGAGGCCGGUCCAUCCUCUGGCAAAACCAUCGCGGUGAUUUCUGGUGUAACAAGGCAAUGCAGGUAUUCAGCAUCGCUCUGGGCAGUAAAGCAAAAGGACGCCAGCCCCAUCUCUUUCCCCUCGGCCAGGUUUCCAUCUCAUAGAAGCACCGCUGUGCUCUCGGUAACACUUUCUAUUAAGAGUAGGUCCAGCUGAAGCUCCGGCACGGUGCGUUUCACUGCCCCAUCCCUGCCGCCGGGGCCGUGCGCUGCCCUGCAGCCCCAAUGCCGCAGGGUUGAGGGUCACCCUGCUCCUCCCUUCCCAUCCCCAGCAGCCGCUUUGAGAACCAAACCCCAUUCCCCUUGCUCCAAAAAAAAAAGGAAAAAAAGAGAAAAGGUGAUGGGGGGACAUGGGUCCGUCUCAGGUGGCUGCGAGAGCCCGGGCCGGGGAAGGGCAGUGGCACCCAUCAUCAUCCCUCGCCUUCACGGCAAACCUACGGGGCUUCGCCACCGGUCCCCCCAACCUCAUCUCAUCAGGAUUUAUUAACACGUGUAAGUCCACGUUAUUGGUCUCUGGCUAGCUUUAUCCCUCCAAAUUGUUUGAGAAGGAAACUCCUUGGUAAAUGCUAAUAAUAAAGCAUUUAUAAAGUGCUCCGACGUAUACAUAUCAACGACUAAGCCAAUACAUUGUUUGUUAUAACCCUGUAGCCUGCAGUUUAUAGCACAAUUAGUUACAGGUUUUUAUAGCAUCUAUUUAGUAUUUUGGAAAAAAAAAAAAAGGUUAUAAAUAUAAUUGUUAUAUUCUAUUGUACUUUAUAGACAGAGAAAGUUAUAUUAGUAAUGAUAACUCUCACUGCUUUGACAGCAUUUCCCAGCUCCCGAGAAAAUGAGGGCUACAAAGAGCUACUUUCCCAAGAGCCCAGGAGAGGGUAGGUGGUGGUACCCACCGGGUGCAGGCAGGGAAACCAGGGCAGGGAGGUCCGGCGUGUGGCCAGGCUCGCGGGGAUCAGAGCAGCCAGGAGCACAGCAGCAGCUACAAGCGACCCGCGCCUUGCCCCUGCUCACACCCUUAGUACAAAGUGUUACCGCUCGCCCAAUGCCACCCUGGUCCUGCUAAAAAUAACCUGCUCCUGAGCCUGGGAGAGGCUGAGGAUGUCCCCACCGCUGUCCCCAGGGCAGCGCUGGGUUCCUGUCCCCCCCUCCCCAUGCGCAUGGUGCUGCAGGGGCGAUGCCUGGGUUCAGUCCAGUCCUGGCAAGAAUGCUUCCCUCUCCUCCUCCUCCUCCUCCUGCCCCGGUGAGUGUCCCAGUUGCCUGGACUUGGCUUUCCUUUCCUCCCCUGGACUUCUUGUCGGAGAUUCCCGAGGUGUCUACACCGCCUGUAACGCCCUGCACCCCCUUCUUUGAAAUCGAAUUAAAAAUCAGGUCUGUCCCCCCUUGUUCUGUA